AUGGCUGCUCUGAUCAAGGCUGCGAACGCCAAAAUCCGGUCAAACCCGGUGACUGACUAUGUCUGCUCAACCCACUUUUGGGGCCCUGUCUCUAACUUUGGUAUCCCUCUCGCGGCCAUUAUGGACACGCAGAAGAGCCCUGAAUUGAUCUCGGGACAGAUGACCGGUGCUCUCAUCAUCUACGCCGGUACUUUCAUGCGAUACUCACUGGCUGUCACACCUAAGAACUACCUCCUAUUUGCCUGCCACUUUGUCAACGCUGGUGCCCAACUCACCCAAGGAUACCGAUACCUCAACUACCAUUACUGGGGCGGAAAGGAGAAUAUGCCCAAGGAGCAGCUGGCACAGGCUGUCGAGGCUGCCAAGGGGAAGGUUGAGAAGGCCACGGAGAAGGUUCAGAAUGCCGUCAGCAAAUAA